AUGCGCGCGCGACUCCAUCGCCUCGAGCGCCGCGCCCGCGCGAGCGCGCUCGCGGACGCGUUGAAGAACGCGCUCUGGCGCGCGUUCCUGUCGGUGAUGAGCGCCGCGACGUGGGCGAGCGCGACGUGGCGGGCGCGACGAGGGGAGACGUUCGAGACGACGAUCGAGCGACGGCGACGACGGCUCGUGAACGCGCGCGGGGGGGCGCGGACGCGCGCGCGGAAGACGGCGACGGCGUCGAUGGAUGGACCGGCGCACUUGAUCGCGUGCGCGCACGGAUUGGCGGGGACGCCGGAGGAUUUGCGCGCGCUGGAGCGGCGGGUCGCGGCGGAUGGAAACGCGUUGGUGCAUCGAUUAGCGUGUAACGCGCCGUUGAAUUCGUUCGAUGGCGUCGAGGCGGGGGCGGUGCGCAUCGUGGAAGAACUGCGGGAGGUGGUGCGGGCGAAUCCGUCGUUGCGGUACUUGACGCUUUACGGGAACUCGUUAGGCGGGAUUUACGCGCGAUACGCGGCGGGGAUCAUGUGGGAGGAAAAGAGAGAUGGAACGAUGUUGGGGUUGAUUCCGUGCACGUAUUUAACGACGGCGACGCCGCACCUCGGGGUGGGGCCGUGGGGUUUCUUUAAACUCGUUCCGAGGGCUUUACGUUACCUCUGGUCGAAGCAACUAGGACGGUCGAUCAUGGAGUUAACGCUGCGGGACGGAGAGGACGGGAAGUUACCGCUGUUGGCGCGUAUGGCGGAUCCGGAGACACGAGAACCGGCGAAUUUCGUCGCCGCUCUCGGUAGCUUUAAGCGUCGUUGUGCGUACGCGAACGCGACGAAUGAUUUUUUGGUGUCGUACGAGACGGCUUCGCUUCAUCCAGAGUACCUCGAUUCGGCGCAGGAACGGGCGUGGCGGUGCUUGGACGAGCCACAAAUAGUGGAGGAAUUCGAGCGCGAUGGCGAGUUCGCGAUCGAGGAAACUGAUAGCGCGAGCUGGAGCACGGACGAGCUCGCGCUCAGACGGAAGAUGGCGCGAGGCUUACGCACGCUCUCGUGGCGACACGUCAACGUUUCUUUCCCGGGACCGGUGCCGCUUGCGCAUAACAAAAUUUGUGCGCUUCAGCGAAAUCCAUACUUGGCAUCGCUGUUCAAGGAGGGUGAAUUCAUAGUCGACCAUCAAGCCGAGUAUCUCUUGGCGUCCAUUCGUAGCGUCUAG